AUGCACAGAAAUAGGUAUGAUAUGAAACAUACAGAGCAAAAUUAACUGAUAAUCUCUCUCAUGAUUUAAAGCAUGUUAUUGCAAAUGUUAUCUCACUGUUAAUGAUCUUUUAUGCAUGGAACCUAACUUCUUUGUCAACAGAUCUGAUGAUGUUUUUGAGGACAAACAUUUCUGCAAUCAAUCAACAAAUGUAUCUGGCAUGAGCACCUUCACCACCACCACAUAUUUAUUAUGUGUUUCUGUUGGCUGUUUAUCAGUUCUUAUAAUGUUUGGAAACCUUCUUGUAAUAAUCUCCAUCAUUUACUUCAAACAGCUCCACACUCCUACAAACUACCUCAUUCAGUCUCUUGCUGUAGCUGACCUGCUUGUUGGCCUUUUAGUUUUGCCUUUUAGCACCAUACUGGCUGUAAGUUCAUGUUGGGAUCUUGAAUAUUUACUCUGUGAGGUACGAACCACAUUUGAUAUCUUUCUGUGCACAUCCUCUAUUUUGAACUUGUGCUUUAUUUCUGUUGACAGAUAUUAUGCUGUGUGUCAGCCUCUGAGGUACAGAGCUAAAAUAAAUGUCCAUGUUGUUGUGAUCAUGAUCCUGGUGAGUUGGACUGUUCCUGCUCUGAAUGGAAUCACAAUCACAGUUUUGGGAGUAAACCAAGGACAAUCUAACAGAAAAUGUGUUUUACUUCAGAAUCUGAAUUCAGCAAGUACAGGACCUGUCCUUUCAUUUUACCUUCCAGCUAUCAUAAUGUUAACUAUCUAUUUAAAUAUUUUAAUGGUGGCACAGAGACAGGCACGCAGCAUCCAGAAGACAACCUGUCAGAGAAAAAAGUCUGAAAGUAAGAUGGAGAGAAAGGCUACCAAAACUUUGGCUAUUGUAAUGGGAGUUUUUCUCACCUGUUGGACUCCUUUCUUUCUUUGUAGGACCUUUAACCCUAUAAGUAAUUUUACAAUACCAGUUACUCUAAUGGCAGCAUUUAAGUGGUUUGGAUGGUCAAAUUCAAUGCUCAAUCCAUUUAUCUAUGCCUUCUUUUACAGCUGGUUUCGAUCAGCUUUCAGAAUGAUCCUUUCUGGGAAACUAUUUCAAGGUGAUUUUACAAACUCCAAGCUCAAUUGA